GUUUGGCCACAGCGACCGUCUCCGGCGGUGCGUCCCCCACGCUUGGUACAGCCCAGCCUGUCUCCCCCCCUAAGCCGCGCGCCCGCGCCUCUCAGUCGGUGGAGCCCCCAGCUCGCUCGGCCUGCACCAGCCAUGGUCCGUCCGCGCCGUGCCCCACACCGCUCCGGCGCUGGGGGCCCCCUCGGGGGUCGCGGCCGCCCCCUGCGGCACCUCACGGUGCGCGCCGCCCGCUCGCGCUCCUGGCCGGCCAGCCCCCGGGGCCCGCAGCCGCCGCGGAUCCGGGCUCGCUCGGCCCCUCCCAUGCAAGGUGCUCGGGUCUUCGGGGCCCUGGGUCCCAUCGGGCCCUCCUCGCCCGGGCUCGCCCUCGGGGGCCUGGCCGUGGGUGAGCACCGGCUCAGCAACAAGCUGCUGGCCUGGAGCGGCGUCCUCGAGUGGCAGGAGAAGCGCAGGCCCUACUCGGACUCCACGGCGAAGCUGAAGCGGGCCCUCCCCUGCCAGGCCUACGUGAACCAGGGCGAGAACCUGGAGACCGACCAGUGGCCGCAGAAGCUGAUCAUGCAGCUGAUCCCGCAGCAGCUGCUGACCACCCUGGGCCCCCUGUUCCGCAACUCCCAGCUGGCGCAGUUCCACUUCACCAACAGAGACUGCGACUCUCUCAAGGGCCUCUGCCGCGUCAUGGGCAACGGCUUUGCGGGCUGCAUGCUCUUCCCCCACAUCUCCCCCUGCGAGGUGCGCGUGCUCAUGCUCCUGUACUCGUCCAAGAAGAAGAUCUUCAUGGGCCUCAUCCCCUACGACCAGAGCGGCUUCGUCAAUGCCAUCCGGCAGGUCAUCACCACCCGCAAACAGGCAGUGGGACCUGGUGGCGUCGCGGGCCCUGUCCAGAUGGUCAACAACAAGUUCCUGGCAUGGAGUGGAGUCAUGGAGUGGCAGGAGCCCAGGCCUGAGCCUAACAGUCGGUCUAAGAGGUGGCUGCCGUCGCACAUCUACGUGAACCAAGGGGAGAUCCUGAGGACCGAGCAGUGGCCGCGGAAGCUGUACAUGCAGCUCAUCCCGCAGCAGCUGCUGACCACCCUGGUGCCGCUCUUCCGGAACUCCCGCCUGGUGCAGUUCCACUUCACCAAGGACCUGGAGACGCUGAAGAGUCUGUGCCGGAUCAUGGACAACGGCUUUGCCGGCUGCGUGCACUUUUCCUACAAGGCCUCGUGCGAGAUCCGCGUGCUCAUGCUCCUGUACUCCUCUGAGAAGAAGAUCUUCAUCGGCCUCAUCCCCCAUGACCAGAGCAACUUCGUCAACGGCAUCCGGCGCGUCAUCGCCAAUCAGCAGCAGGUCCUGCAGCGGAACCUGGAGCAGGAGCAGCAGCAGCGUGGGAUGGGGGGGUAGGGGCCACCCCGCCGGGCUGGGCCUCUCCAGGAGCCACAGACGAGGCCCCGCCGAGACUGGUCAGAUGCUUCUGAGCAGAGGCCUGUGGGGACUGCAACUGCCCAGUGAGAUGGAGGACAGCGUCCUGAGAUAUCUCCAAGGACAGUCCCCACCCUUGUACGUUUCCCCAAUAAAACCUUUUAAAAGCC